AUGUCGUCCAAUCCGCCUGCAGGACCUUCGGGGUAAGCGAGUUUCAAGCAGUUUUUAGGAAGUGUGCGUUAUGUGGCUGAAGUUUCUAGUGCAAAGCUAUAUCUAUAAAGUCUCAAUAUCUCUUCUAGUUUGUUGAAACUUCCAAAAUUUAGGGGUUUGUUUAACUUGUCUUGAGCAGUGUAUGCGUAAAACAAGAACCAUAUCUCUAGAAGUGAACAAAUUUUUUGAAAGAUAAAACUGCUUUCCAAAUGUAGAAACGUUCAAUUUUAGUGAUCCUGACGUCUCGCUGAAAUUGGUGUACGAGCCGAGUACAACCGGCGCCACGAGUUCUUCUACCAACCUGUCAGCAUUCGCGAGUCGAUAUGCAAAUCAACGGUCGUCCGGAGUUAUGCGCUCCCGUUUGAUCCGCCAUCAAAGUGAAGAUGACGCUCUAUGGGUAACCGACCACAGGGCGGAUGAGCUUCUGACAAAAUUCUUCGCAAGCCAAGGGAUUCCGUAUACGUGCGUCUACAAUCGGGCCUUCAAAGAUUUCAUGGCGUACGUGAAUCCAACGUGCAAGCUCCCCCCAGUCCAUGUUCUGGAAACCAAUGCCGAACGCAUUGGUAACCCUUCCAAACCGACAGUGAACUAUCAGAAGACGAUUGGCCCAAUGAGUGUUACGGUGGACAUGUGCGGAGAUGAUGAUAACCGAUGCCUCGCUUUCUCUGUUCACUUUCACGAAAAUGCGAUAGAACGAAAGAACGUCGUUUACCUGAGAAAGAUGGUGUUGAGCGAGUAAGUGAAAUAAAAUGUUUGAGUUUUAUAAUAUACUUUUACAGACUGGACGGCGAUAGUCUGAUGACCAUUAUCCGGCGAGCAGUCAACAACUACGCCUACGUCAACGUUAAAUUUAAUAAUUUGGUUACCACCGACGAAAAGAUGAAUGCUGUUCUGGAACAAGCUAAUGUUGUGAAAAGAUCGUACGUGUGUUUCUACACUUACAUGACCACCUUUGCCCGCCUUCUAAUGGAAAUCCCUGAGUUUUCAUCGGGUCUGGAUGAUCUUAGGACUUAUGUCCGGUUCAUCAAGAACCACGCGGACUUGUUCAAUAAGUUCAGAAGGUGAGUGAACCGCAUUUCGUUGUGAAACCCAUUCAAUGAAGUUUUUUUCAGAAUUCAAUUGUCGAAGAACGCUGAUCUCAACCUGCCACCUCUCGAUCAUCCAUCCUCAUGGGAAACGACUCAAACAUUCCUCACAAAGUGUCUUAUUUUGGUAAGUUUUACAGCGACACUAUCUUGAGACCGAAACUAAAAUUCGUUGUUUUUUCAGCACGAGACGUUUACCGAUUUUGGAGAUCGUUGGCAAACCGCUCCGUACAUUUCCCACGAAAAAUUUGUCAAACUUGUGUUCCUGCAACGCAUUCUGGCUCAAUGCGUGAAGUACUCGAGGGAGACGAGCUCCCAACAUAGUUCCGUUUCCCAAGUAAUCCCGUCAAUCAUGGCGAUGCGGAACUAUAUCACAACCAACUCGAUGGAUUUUCCGUUCGAGAAGGGAAUUCGCGACGCAUUCUCGAAGGCUUUCACACCGAUCACUUCCGGUCCUAUGUCCAAACGCUAUGACAUCGCGGCGCUUCUGGAUCCGCAUUAUGGCCACCGUGAAAAUAUCUACACGCAUCAAAUUUGGACGACAAUCGAGAAGAAACUUGCCGAUGAGUUUAUCAAUUCGGAGGGAAGCAGUGAGCGCAACUUCAAGACGGAUAUCACGACAAUCAGCAAAGAGGAGCGGCUCAAAACGAUUUUUGCUGAAAUCAAGUAUUAUCGUCACAUUUGCAAGACCGAAAGGCCCGAUACUGAAGAGAAUCCGUUUCAAUGGUGGUGUCGGCGGUCCAACAACAUGGAAUUCUUGAGCGUGCUUGCCAGAGAAUAUAUUGCCUGCCCGGCAGUCACGACGGACGCACUCUAUUACUUUUCAACUUCCGGAAAGUUCACUCAUGUCAUCAGCCAGUUCUCUCAGCAAGAUAUCGAGUCGUAUUUGAACGUGGCCGGCCUUCAACAAAAGUUUCGCGGACGUGGCGCCGGAGAGGAUACCAUUCCGCAACAUCUAAUGGAGCAGCUGAACAGCGCCGCAUUUCGUCGCAUCAAGGAAUUCAAGCUGGGAAUGUACUCUGGCGGAAGUGCGGUGCAGAUAGAUAAACCGACGCUGGACCUUGGCCAACCAUCACUAGUCAAACCCACGAACGAGACCAAGGAAAAAGAGGUUGCGGGGCCGGCAGUGCCUCCUCCGAAAGUUCCGGCUCCUGUGCAACGCAUUCAAGGACUAUUACUUCCUGUGAAAAGAGCAGUCACUCAAGUCCAGCCUCGUCUGAAGCAGCUUCCGAAGCUCCCUCUUCAAAGUGUCCCUGAUCCAACCACCUCGUCAAAAGUGCUAUCACCAAAGAAAGAGCCGGUGACAGCUCCUGAAGAACCAGCACUGGUAACAGCUCCAGCUCAAACGCCAGAGCCAACGCCAGCAACAGUGCAACCAAAGCCGACAUGGAAAGAGAAGAAAGCAACGGAUAUGCAUAUCCCGCAGGAUGAUGUUAUCGGAAAAGUAGCGGAACCGGCGGAGAAGGUCAAGGAGGAGCCCGUUGAAGACUCCGGAUAUGGUUUGAACUACAACAACAUGGGAUCAUCGGGAUCAACUGGAAAGUCUGCUGUACCUUCCAUUGUCACGGUUAAUACUUCUCGACCAGUGGCCAACAAUCCGGCAAUUCGAUACGUCUCUCGAACUGUUCAGCCAACUACGCCAGCGGCACCGAAACCGGCAAUUCCACUAUCUCAGCAGCUGCCUCAGGCGAGACCACAGCCGAAACUCGUUGAACCCGCUUCGACUAGUUCAAGACUACCGAGCUCAAGACUAUCGAGUUUAAGACCAAUAGCCCCAGGAGUGCCGACAAAUCGAGUCAACCUGCUCAAAUAUUCUACCGAGCAGCAGCAAGUUCAACAGCGUAUUGUGGAAAACUAUGUGACGCCGGGAAAACUUGCCGGUCUGAGAAUGAAUCUACAAUUGCCGACACCGUCAUCGCAGUCAAAAACUCUUCAAGAAACGACCGAGAAGAAGCCGGAAAGUUUGCUGCCAGCUGUUCAGCAUUGCGUUUUGCGAGCCGAUGAUGAAUCGAUCAAAUUGGAACCAAUGGACGAAGGAUACAAUGUGAUAGUCAAUGAGGCUGAUGUGGCAGGACCUUCACACAAAACGGUUUCGACGCCCCACUUUGGAGACCGUAGAAAGCCGUGCAACCGUCGAUGUGUUGUUUGCAACAGCAUGGAGGAGCAUGAAAACCUGAAGAAUGUCACCAUCAACACGGAAAAGCUCAUGAUACUGUUGGGUGCAGUGUAUCGCGAAGAACUCAAUAUUCCGGAGGCUCGUGAAUGUAUGAAGCGUACCACAAAAACGUACAUGUGUCGAGUCCACUUUGCCGAGGCAUGCGACGAAAUCUUCCGUAAUCUCGAGGUCAGCGAGCCGGCUGAAAUUGCUCUGUGCAAUAAGGACCUUAUCACCAAUGCUCUUAUUGUGGCGACGCAGAUUCGAGAACAGAAUCUGAACACUUCUCAGCUAAAGCAAUUGCUCAUUGUGUUCACGGAGAAGUAUUGGGAAGAGCCCAAUGUAAGUGUUGUAAAUUGGUAGAAAUAAAAUGAAAUAAAAAUUUUCAGGGCGUAAAUGUUGAUCGACAAGCCGCCCGCAAAAAAGCCACCCCCGGUAAACGUGCAGAUCACCGAAUCACUCCGAAAAACCACCGUGAGCCACGCAAACAGGUUCUCGAGAGAGACCAGCACGAUUCGACGGUCAAGCUGGUUGAAAAGGAGGAUUUCAAGCUGCCAACUGCUCAAUUUGACGGCAACGUCCACCUGGAUCAACCCGAAGUAUGCUGCUUCUGCUUGAUUCGCGACGAACGUACUGGAAUGGUAAAAAUUCCAAAAAGUGAGGAAAGGCUGUCUAUGUGGCUCGACAAGCUCGGCUUCAGUUUUGCCACAAGAUUGAAGGCGGAUAGUGACAACUUUAUCUGCCGUACCCAUUUUGCGGAGUCGGCGUUCAGCACACGCGGACGUCUUCUCAAGGGAAUGCUCCCGAUUACGGAAGUGGAGAAAGUUGAAGUCACCUACCGAAUUCAUGGCAACAAGUUUUUGAAGCUUAAAGAAGCGAAACAUGGUACGCAGAAAAAUGCGAGCAUUGAUCUGACAAAAACAAGAGCUCGCCGGAAGCGACGCUUCGACGAGGACUUUGAUUACGAAGAUGAGAAGUCGCCGCAUCCGAGCAGUGAUUCCGACAAUGACGAUGAUUUUGAUCACAAGCCGGGACCGUCGGGGUCUGCCAAAGUAAAACAUCGGCACCAGUGUUGAGCGGAAUUCCGUAAAAAAUCAUUUUCACCCGCGCGCCCAACCGUCAUCAAUAUUGUCUUCUAGGACGGUGAACAUAAUGCUAACCAAUUGAGUCUAGUUUUUCUUACUUUAUUCUGCACUUUGAAUUUGUUCACCAUCACAUUGCAUGAAUCGUCGCUUUUUCCCAAUCAAUUGGUUUUAUGGGUAUCACAAGCUUGUCCUUCAUGAUACUCAUUUUUACAAUAUCGCCAGUUGAUCAUUGUUUUGCGCUUAUUUGAAUAUGAGACCCAAUAAAUUUAUUGAGAGUGCUAAUGUUGUAUUUUCGUCUGUUUGGUUGAUACCAAUGCAUAUCUGAUUAUUGAAGUUGACUUCGGGUCUAGUAGUCCAAAUAUUUGCUCGGCAAACCACUGAAAACUUUUGCGCAAAGUUUAGGCAAUUUUGCUGGCAAGUUGCGUAAAAGUUACAGAGGUUUGCCAAGUUGGCAACUUCCGGCAAGCUAUACUGAAAAAUUUUGCAGAAUGGAGGACGGUCCGGUAAUCGACAAAAUGAAAUUGUAUUCGAACAAAUGGAGGCAAAUGUCGUUCCAAGAGACGUCAAACGUGCUCAUUGGAAAGUUUUUCAAAGAGACGGGUAUCCCGAACUCUGCGUCGCAGCUCAACUGUUUUCACGAAUUAAUUCGCCAUCUAAAUCCUUGUGUUCAAAUCCCAAACCUCGAUGAGAUGGAGAAAACAAAGAAACCCAGGAAGUAUAGAGAUCUGGAAAGGAAACACGUUGCCGACCGUACAACUUUACAAUCAAAAGCCUCCGCUCCGAGUUCAAGCAAAUCUCCACCCCCAACCGUCAGGUUUGAUCCUCCGUGUGUUCUUUGUGGAAUCCCGUGCCCCACAAACAAGGGCGUAAUCAUGAACGUUAACGAAACAGUGAAAAUUCUGAUGGCGGCGGUGGUUUACGGCGAUAUUACUAUGGAGUACGCCUGCAAGACGAUCAUCAAGCAUCCGCUGAGAAUGUGUAUGACACAUGUGACUCACGUGGUACGUUUUGUAUUUUAUUUCAGCCGAAAAACAGUUUUCCUCUCGUUUUUUCAGUACGAAAUGAUGUGCACAGCAAUCGGAGCCCGAACCGCGGAAGAGGUCGAUGAAUCGCCGUACGAGAAGCUGCAGCCGAGUAUGGACAUUUAUAAGCACCUCAAGGUUAGAUCUCAAUUCUAUCCAAUCUCAUCAUAACACUUUUUUCCUCAGGGAAUUCGUGACACGCUGGACGGGAAAUCUGUGCCAAAAACGCCGAUUGGGUCAUACAAAAUGUCGCUGAAAUCGUUCUAUCGCGCAUUUACACCGAAACAUCUUGAGGCUAAGAUACAGAAGACGUCUAAGAUUGUAGCUCUUUUGGAAAAGGUUAGUCAGAUUAUAUUUUAUUCGAAACAAGUGCUAUUGUCUUGAAAAGUAUCCCGACUCAACUCGGGUUUUCAAAAUCAAAACAUAUGUGAUCGUCUCGAGACCUGCCGCGAUUUAGUGAUAUUGUGUCCUUAAAUUGAACCACAGUAUACGUAAAUUAAUUCACAUUACUUGCAGGUACCGCCGUCGAAAAGUCUGAAAGACUUUCUCAACGAAGAGAACGUGAGCAUCACCUCAGACGAAGAGCAAGAACUCCUGGACGCCAUCAAAAUUGGCAUUCCUAAUCGACUGAAAAAGCAGAAAGCUGAUUUGCUUUACGAAAGUAUUGUCAGACGAAGGAAUGAGGAGCGGAAUCGUCGUUACGACAUGUAUCCGCCGGAAUUCCGCAACAUGAUGGCACCAAUUGACACCGUGUUCGAGGAGAACAACGUCAGCAGCCGGACGGAAAUGAUGCGAAUUAGAAAGAUGAAGAAAGAUAAUCCGGAGGCAGGAUCGUCACAGGCCAGAGUUCGAGCUCAUCCGACGAAUUUCGCAAAUUUGGCGCGCAAAUUGAUUUACAAAACACAUUUGGGUGAACCAAUCUCGUUGGAACCAACAGUCUCAUCAACCUUCACGCAACAAGUUGAUUCGACGAGAGUCGUGCGUACUGUGCCAAAGCCAGUUCCUAGGCCUUCUCCAGGAAAACCUGCGCCGCCGUAUUUUUCUCGAACGGUUAGGAAGGCACUGGCGAAACCACAGCCACCGCGAAUCGCAUCGUUUGUUGAGAAAGUGCCGAAGGAGGUUCCAGACCAACCACCGAUCGUUGAGAAGAAGCCGGAUGCGCAGCUCGGACUGUUACAACCAAAGGAAGAAGUUGAGGAUAUGGAAGAAGAGAGGACCGCUCCAGUUAAUGGCUGUUGGACGGAAGACAAGCCAGCGGAACUUGGCCUACACUAA